GCCCAAUCACGGUGGAGAAAGAAAUUUGGCAGUUCCGAUACUUUACCUUCCCAACAUUUCCACGCCUUUCGAGUUCCACCGUCCGACCUAGUCUCUACAAGUUUUCUUGUUUACUUUGUUUGCUCGUUAUCACCAGUUAAACACACACAAUCAUCAUCAAAAUGGCUGCUGUCCCUGCCUACUCCGAUAUCGCCAAGGCGGCGAACGAUCUCCUUUCCAAGGAUUUCUACCAUCUCUCCUCCGGCAGCCUUGAGGUCAAGGACACCACCCCCAACCGCGUUGCCUUCAAGGUUACCGGCAAGAGCAGCCACGAUGCUGCCACCUCCGGCGCUAUCGAGGCCAAGUACUCUGACAAGUCCACCGGCGUGACCGUCACCCAGACCUGGAACACCGCCAACGCUCUCGAGUCCAAGGUUGAGCUUGCCGACACCCUCGCCAAGGGUCUCAAGGCCGAGGGUAUCUUCUCCUUCCUCCCCGCCUCCCAGGCCAAGGGUGUCAAGGCCAACCUUCAGUUCAAGCAGUCCAACUUCCACGGCCGCGCUUUCGUCGACCUCCUCAAGGGCCCCACCACCAGCAUCGAUGCCCUUAUCGGCCACGAGGGUUUCCUCGCCGGUGGUUCCGCUGCUUUUGAUGUCCAGAAGGCUAAGAUCACCAACUACUCCCUGGCCGUCGGUUACCACGCCCCUACCUACAACGCCGCUGUCACCGCCACCGACAACCUGAGCGUUUUCUCCGCCAGCUACUACCACAAGGUCAACAAGCUUGUCGAGGCUGGUUCCAAGGCCACCUGGAACUCCAAGACUGGCAACACCGUUGGUCUCGAGGUUGCCGCCAAGUACCGCAUUGACCCCGUUUCCUUCGUCAAGGCCAAGAUCAACGACCGCGGUGUCGCCGCCGUUGCCUACAACGUCCUCCUCCGUGACGGCGUCAAGCUCGGUCUCGGUGCCUCUUUCGACACCCAGAAGCUCGACCAGGCCACCCACAAAGUCGGUACCAGCCUUACCUUUGAGAACUAAGUUUGAUAUCCCCGGGAUUGUUGUAAAGGUCGGGAGUUGGGGACAAGCCAUGGCGUUGAAUGAUUCUGUGUUGUUUUUCUGAAGAAUGAGGAUACAGCAUCAAUCACCGUGUGUAUGUGUGUGUAUCGAUUAGACGAAAAUAAAUGGAUCACGAUGAUCAGGGCAAACAAACGUUAGAGUUGUGUCCUUAGCAGGAUGAGCAUGAUUUGUAUGAAUUCUGCGAUCUUUCCAACAGUGGCAAUUAAUAUGAUUAGGAUAUCUCACGUUCGUUUAUGUGACGUGCGUGAUGCUGCUUGACAUAUC